CAGUUCCAGGAACCCGAGGGCGGGUUCUGAGCCCGCUAUAAGAAGGCUCCCCGGGCGGCCCCGGCAGCUCUCUCUUCCGCCGCCGCCACGCACUGGCCUCGCCGCAGGUGAUGGUGUAGCAGCCGCUGCUCCCGGCAGCAGCAUCCCGAGCGCGCAAAGCUGGCUCCCUGCGCCAUGGUCACCCACAGCAAGUUCCCCGCUGCCGGGAUGAGCCGCCCCCUCGACACCAGCCUGCGCCUCAAGACGUUCAGCUCCAAGAGCGAGUACCAGCUGGUGGUGAACACUGUGCGCAAGCUGCAGGAGAGUGGCUUCUACUGGAGCACGGUGACAGGUGGCGAGGCCAACUUGCUGCUCAGCACCGAGCCGGCUGGCACCUUUCUCAUCAGGGACAGCUCGGACCAGCGGCACUUCUUCACCCUCAGCGUAAAGACGGAGCUGGGCACCAAGAACCUGCGCAUCCAAUGCGAGGGUGGCAGCUUCUCCUUGCAGAGCGACCCCCGCAGCAGCCAGCCCGUGCCUCGCUUUGACUGCGUGCUCAAGCUGGUACAUCACUACAUGCCGCCUGCUCCCUGUGCCGUCCCCGAGCAGUCAGGGGGGACCAUACACUCUAAGCGCACCUACUACAUUUACUCGGGCGGCGAGAAGAUCCCCCUGGUGCUGAGCCGCCCGCUCUCCUCCAGUGUCUCCACCCUGCAACACCUCUGCCGCAAGACUGUCAACGGGCACCUGGACUCCUAUGAGAAGAUGACUCAGCUGCCAGCUCCCAUCAAGGAGUUCCUGGACCAGUACGAUGCCCCCCUCUAAGGGGCCAAUGGAGUGAUGUUACAUGCUACAAGCACAAGAGCAGGGGACAGGCGCAACGCUGCACCAGCGUGGGGACUCGCAGGACAUGCCAAACCUCUCCCUCUGCGAAGGAGAGGAGGGGGACUGGGGCGAGCUGCCAGCAGAGCCUGGCACCUUUUGUGCUGGGGGAACCCCCCAAGGAAGCACAACACCCCCUCUCUGCAGGGAAGGAGACUGCUCUGGUCGGACUGUGGAUGUUACAGUGCGCCCAGUGUGGGGAUCAGCAAAACCCCCAUAGGCUUGAGCAGCCAGGAUGACACCAGGAUGUGCACCCCAAGAGCCACAUUCCCGCUGCUGUGGCAGGACCACACUUGGGGGGUGUCCUGGAGAGAGCCCCUUUCUGCCACCAGAGAACAGAAAGCACUGGAGUCCAGCUAGUGCCUGAUCGCUUUUCCUCAGUUUUAAGGGGAAAGUGGUUUUUGCCCGUACUGUACUUUACCUCUUGCUGCCUCCUUGUGGGUGGAAGCUCCUUUCACACCAGGCCCCAGACUUGGAGGUCACUGCCUUUUUUCCCUCAUUGCCAUUUUUUGGGGGACUAAGCCUUAAUAUUCUCCCUGUCCCAUGGUCUGGGUUACUGCACAUUGUUUGGUGAUGCUGCACGAUAAUGGUCCCAGUGAUGUGCCGCAAAGCCAAAGGGGAAACAUGUCCUGACACCGCCGAGCAUCCCACGCAACUGCCUCUGCGAGGAGCAGAGGGACCUGGUGCUGCUGCUGGACCGUUACUCCUGAGUGUCACACCCCACCUCCACUCAGCCGCUCUCUGCAGACGCUGGCCACUGAUCCUCAGGGACACCAAUUCCCACAGGAUCGUGGCAGGAGGAUCCCUCGGAGCACAUCAUCUGACGAGUGCUUUUCUGUGUCUGCCUGGAGAAGCGGUUGGGUUUUUCUGGCGCUUUUUAUGUUAUUUUUUUUUCUAACCGAAGGGAUGUUUACAGGCCAACAUAAAUUACUGUCUUUUAUAAAGAUUCCAUCUUCACCUCCAGCCUCAAGGGCUGAGCAAAACCAUGCUUGAAAAUUCAACCAAAACAAAACUCAAAUGAAACUUUGCACAUAUUUAUAUUUAUAUUCAGAAAGGAAACAUUUCCAUAAUUUAUAAUAAAGAGCACUAUUUUUUAAG